AGAAAGAAGUGCAAUUACUCGAGAGGAAGUGAGUGCUCGAGAAGGGAGGGGGUUAGGAGGAGGGGGAGGAGGGUUGGCGAAGAGGCGCCGCGAGACAGGAGGAAGUUAGUGAGCGGUAGGAGUCCGUUAGAGGGCCAGUGAGUGCGAGGCGGCGGGACAGGGAACAUCUGCCUGAGGAGCUCGCGAGCGGCGAGGAGGGCAGCGCGAGUGCGGACAGACAGACAGACAGACAGCCCGCCGGAGACACACACACACACACACACACACACAGGCAGAGGCUCGGGAAAGAUGCCGCGGGUUGUCCCCGAUCAGAGGAGCAAGUUCGAGAACGAGGAGUUCUUCCGCAAACUCAGCCGGGAGUGUGAGAUUAAAUACACAGGUUUCCGCGAUCGGCCGCACGAUGAGAGACAGAUGCGGUUUCAAAAUGCCUGCAGGGACGGCAGGUCUGAAAUCGCUUUUGUGGCGACUGGAACAAAUCUAUCUCUGCAGUUUUUUCCGGCAAAUUGGCAUGGCGAGCAGAGGCAAACACCCACAAGAGAGUACGUGGAUUUUGAACGUGAUCAAGGCAAGGUAUACCUGAAGGCCCCCAUGAUACUUAAUGGUGUCUGUGUGACCUGGAAAGGCUGGAUUGACCUCCAACGUCUUGAUGGCAUGGGCUGUCUUGAGUUUGAUGAAGAUCGUGCACAGCAGGAAGAUACCCUGGCACAACAGGCGUUUGAGGAUUCCCGACGAAGAGUCAGAGAUUUUGAAGACAGAGACAGGUCCCAUCGAGAGGACAUGGAGGUGAGAGCCACACAGGCAGGACCCCAGUCCCGGCUCCAAUCUGGGGAGCGGAGAUGAACUCAAACUACGUUAAAUGAUCUUGGAGCAGCCUUGCCAUAUUCUUUGUACGUGGAAUCAAGCAGCUAUUUGGUGAACUGGUUAUUUAAGGAAGUGAAGAUGCUACGGUCCUGAACAAGAUUUUUUUAAAUCCGCCCCACAGCCCAGGCCUUUGGUUUCCCCAUUCAGCACAAAGUGCCAGGGUUUGCACUAUGUCCAGUUACAGUACCUGCAUUUCCUGUUUAAAGCAUGUAGCCAGUAGCAAUUUUUGCAUUCUAUGCAAGCUAUGUUUCUUUUUGUUUGAAUUUUUAAAUGCCCUUUUAUGUAUUAAUUUGUCUUCCUUUCUCCUUGGUUGUUCAACCAAAAAAUGCAGAAAAUCUGUAUCAGAAAUUAAGUUAAAAUGUUUUGAGUUGAAUUAAGAUUUAAGUGGCAGAAAACCACACAUUUAUUUUCUACUUUUUCUGUAGUACAUUCCGGGUUUGCAAGUGUAUAAGGAUUCUAAAUGUAUAUCUGUUUGCUUUUGCUUUUCUAAAGCACAGGGAAUGCUUUAUUUGCUUGCCUGCAAUUUUUGCUCUGAUUUUUAUAUCCUGCAGAGAGAUAGCCACUUCACAUAUUCACAUACUUCACAGAGAAAUAGUUCACAUAUUAGAAUUAUUUUUCAAAAAAGUGAAAAAAUUAUGUGUAGAGUAAGAAUUUUGUUUUUGCAGUAAGUUGGAGAGUGGAAAACUCACCAGCAUAACUUUAAAUUUGGCUUGUUCGUUCCACUAUGAAUUAUACUUCAGGCCUAAAAUAAUGAUCUAGUGAACAUUGAUUUUAAUUUCUACCCUUGUUUAGUUUUUGUAUUACUAAUGUGCAGUUUUUUAAAAUCCAAAUACAAUGACUUUUUUGAAAGGUCAUGUCUAUCAAAGUUUUGUAUUCUGUUAUUACAAAGUUAAAUAUAUAACCCUGAAUAUGGGGUACAAAUUGGACUGACAAUAUAAUCUUAAGCAGUGCACGUAUACAUCAUGUGCUGGACACAGGAAAAGUGAUUACAAUUUCUGAAGUGCCCUGGUAUAUCAUGUUGAUGUUGGUGGCCUUGGUGGCUAUUUUAUGCUCUGCAUUGCUUAACAAUAUCUUAAUGCUGGCAUUAAGAUUGGGAUAUCUGCUUUCUGCUAUUUAGUCUAAACAGUUCAAAACUUUGUUACAGGUGUUAAGUUAUUGAUGCAAUUUAAUAAUUGUUUUCCAAUCUAUAUUUAAGUAGAAGGAAUUGCAUCUUUUUGCAUUGUAUUCCUCCCUCAGGCGUUGCUUUGAAUUAUUGAGCUGGCUUUUGCUACUUUGUACCAUUUUCUUUUAAAUUACUUUAUUAGUAAAUCUGAAAAGACAAA